AUGGACAUCGGAGGACCAACAGAUGUCCGCGUAAUCGACGUCUCAGACUUUUUACCAGGUCUUACCUACCACCAGCGCAAGCAAAUCCGAGAAGAAGCGUCUAGCGGUGCGCUUCGUCUACAGAGCCUCCAGUCGCACCCACCACUGUCGUUUCCGGAAACGCCUCUCGACGGCUCAAAUUCGGGCUUGCAGUCUAUCGCGCCUGACCCUGUUCAAUCUGCUUCCACCGAGGCUGAUGCCGUAUCCUCGCAUUACCCAUCUUCCGACGUGUUUCCCGAGGCCGACUCUGUGAUAGCACACGCGGCGACUCUCGAUGCGGGGCCGGGAGCAGAAUUCAGCAGUGCUUCUACGAGAUCGGAAGAUGAACACAGUACAGAUGUAGUGCGCAUGAAGGAUGUGGAGAAGGGAGAACGGCGAUAUAGCAGCGAUUCCGGUUCUCCUCGAUCUUCUCGCGAGAUGGACGCAAAAGAUAAGCAUCGUAUUGGUCCAAGACAUGCGUUGACUCUGGAUAAGGGCAGCGAGGUUCAGGAUAGCACGGGUGCUGGGAUUCUGGGGAAGAAAGAGAGGGACGCGGACGGGGAAACGUCAGCCCUCCGGCGAGGUGAAAUGGACGUGGAAGUGCCACAUUAUUACAACAAUCUCAACGCGGGAAACGGCUUCACCGCUGGGGAGACAAAAGUGCUUGCUGCAUGCUAA